CAUAUAUAAACCCUUGAAUUGUAACAAAACAAUAAGCUUCUUUAACAAUACGUCUUCAGUUCCUGACAUUGAAACAUCAAAUCUUUGCACAACUUACAAUUAUGGACCAAUCCCUGAACAACAGUCUGAAUAUAAAAAUGGAAAACGAAUCCCCGGAACUUACAAUUAUGGACCUAUCUCUGAACAGCAGUGUGAAUAUCGAGAACGAAUCGUCGGAAAUAGCACUCGAUUUACGAAAAUUUCCUCCUUUACCAAGAGAAACCGGCGGCGGCAGAACACAACAUGAUUUGUCGGAACUAAGAAAUCGCCAACAAACUCCAGCCGAUCGAUCAUCAGCAGCAGAUCUUCAGUUAAAACGCCGCCUAGAAUUUGAAGAGAAAUUCAAUGGUGAAGUGAAAAAAUUAAAAUCGGACGAAAUUAUUCUUCCAGAGCAGGAAGAGACACCGCGAAAUGAAGUAAACACAACAAUGAUACAGACUUUACAUUACAUUAACAUGCUUCAAAGAAUUAUGCAAACAAUAAAUAUGAUGAGAGAGCCGGUUAGCACUCAGUUGCCGCAUUCAAUGAAUAUAGACAAUGGUAUUAAAGCGAAGCCAUCAAACGUAACGAAAACCUUAUCUGCAGGGAAGUCGCUCGGAGAGACACCAUCGUCUUCGUCAGUGCAAUCAGGGCCUGUCAGAUCUCAAGUCAGUGAGGGCGUCGUCGUUAAACAAGAACUGACGGAUCAGGAAAACAUAUCUCCCAAUGUUUCGAAUACGGAUCACCAGAAUAUAAAGGCAGCUAAUGAGGACUCGCCUGAUGUUGAAAUAGGUUCACAUGGCACACGCGUUUCCAAAGCGGAUUUGGCCAAAAUAAAUGGCAUGGAAGUGGCAACUGCCACCCGGGCACUAUUGUGUUUAAUCUUCGACCGGCAAACUUUAGCGACGCACACACUCACUGGCAAGGCCUCGAACAGAUUUCCGAAAUCUAACCGUCCACUCAAGCUCCAACUAGACCCAUUUAAGGUAGCAGACAUUACAUAUUAUGUGAAGCGAGUUUUCAACUGUACGGAGUCAGACAUCCGGCACACAAUUACUAUGAAGUGUGCAGAAAUCGAAAGAAGUUUUAAAAGGAGGAGUUUAUCCAAAACUAAUUUAGACUAAUUUUUGUAAUAUCCUUAUUAAUAUUAUUUAUAUGUUAUGAUUUAUGUAAGAGUAGAUAUAUAUAAGAGUAGAUUUUGUAAUGAAUAAUAAAUUAUUAAAAUGUCAAAAAUAU